AUGGCUUGCUUUUCCAGCCGCGUCGAGAGCCCGACAGAGGAGCUGCCUGGCCCUCCCGCUGUCGAACGCGACGCCCCGACACCCGCCGAUAACGCCGCGCCGCCGGCCGCCGCCCUCCCCUCCGCCACCGAUCGCGGCGUGAGCGAGACGAAGCUGGAGGAGUGGCGCAAGCGCGGUGGUGGCGACCUGGAGCCGGUCCUCGCGAGCGGCGCCGUCGCCCUCCUCGACGCGCAGUGGAUCAUCGGCCGCGCCGAGGCAGGCGGCGUCCUCACACACCGCCAGGCGCUGCCCAAAGAGGCCUUUCUCUCCCUCGCCGACCUCGUCGAGGCGACCACUCCCUCUCCCAAACUCACGCUUGAGCAGCAGCUGCUGCUCCACGACCUCGUCGACUUGCCUGUCGCCGCGCUCUCCAGCCCGUGGCUGACACCAAGCCACCCCGACCCGCGCGGAGCCAACCUCGCCCGCGUUGCAAAGGCGCUCGAGGCCCUGCUCACCUCUCCCUUCAUCACACGGCUCGGCGUCUUUUGGGACUUUGGCUCGCUGCACCAGCACCCCGACGCCCCCAACGGCGUCAUGCGCACCGAGGAGCAGAACGCGCUCUUCAAGCAGGGGCUUGGCUGCCUCGGCACGCUCUACUCCCACCCGCACACGAUCGUGCUGCGGCUGACCUCCUUCCCGGACGUCCACAAGGCGGAGGAGCAGGCCGAGGGCACCAACGUGGCCAAGUACUUUGACCGGGGCUGGUGCUACCUCGAGAACAGCUUGGCGAGCCUGGGGACCAAGGACGGCGCCCGCGCGCUCGACCUCGGCUUGAUGCGCGACGACAACGAGUACGACUACCGCAGCCUCAUCGGCGACUGCAAGCGGGAUGGCGGCCGGCGCCCUCCGCUGCUGCCGUCUGCCUUCGCGGCGGAGCUGGAGGCGAAGACCUUCACCAACGGCAAGGACGACAAGCCGCUGGUGCAGCGGUUGUACGAGGCCGCCUUCGAGGAGCAGUUCGGCAAGGCGACCAAGCUGGGCUACUACGGCCUCGGCUGGGGCGACGCGGAGGCGGCGCAGCUGGCGGAGGUCCUCGCGAGCGGGGCAGCGCCGCGGCUCGAGACGCUCAAUCUCGGCUACAACGAGAUUGAUGAUGAGGGCUGCAAGGCGCUGGUUGCCGCCCUCGGCAAGGAGGGGGCAGCGCCGCGGCUCGAGACGCUCCGUCUCGACGACAACCAGAUUGGCGAGGAGGGCUGCGAGGCGCUGGCCGCCGUCCUCAAGGAAGGGGCGCCGCGUCUUAAGGAGCUCAAUCUCUACAGCAACCAGAUUGGCGAGGAGGGCUGCGAGGCGCUGGCCGCCGCCCUCAAGGAAGGGGCGCCGCAGCUCGAGAAGCUUUCGCUCGACGACAACCAGAUUGGCGACGAGGGGUGCGAGGCGCUGGCCGCCGCCCUCAAGGAGGGGGCAGCGCCUAGGCUCGAGAUGCUCUCUCUCACCGAGAACGAGAUUGGCGAAAAUGGCUGCGAGGCGUUGGCUGCCGCCUUCAAGGAGGGAGCUCUGGGAGUUGUUACUGUGCGAGUCGCCGUGACAAUGCCGACGUCCGUGGGAGCAAUGCCGACGGGUUGCGCUGCCGCCGGCUCCGUGGAGGAGUACCUGUCUUGCUGGCGCGGCCCGCUUGAGCUGCGCCUUGGCAAAGCGGUCGGCAAGGCGCUGGCCGAGCAGCCAAAGGACCCGUGCACCGCCGUCGCGCUCGAGCUCUUGCGUGGGGCCAGCCUCGGGGAGAGAGCGGCCGCUCUAUCCGCGCAAGCGGCCGCAGUGCAGGAGGACGAUCCUCAGGACGACUCGGCAGGCGCGUGGCGGUCCGAGUGGGCCGAGCUCUACGCGGAGAACCUGGAGCAGUCCGGCGCCGCGCGGGUCAGCGGAGUCACGCGGGACGCGGCGUGGGUGGCAGAGCAUGAGCCGCUCUCCAAGUGGCUCUCGAAGCUCGAGGGGAGCGACAUCGCGCCGCUGGUGGCGCUGGGCGCGCCGAGGCACGAGGCGGAGGCGCACGAGGCGGAGGCGUACGCGUGUCUCACGAGCAAGCGGUGGGCGCUGGCGCGGCGGCUGCGCGAGCGGGACAGGCGGUACGCCGGCUCCACUUUCGCGCUGUGCGACGCCAUCGUCGCGCAGGCGCUGCGACAGGGCGAUGCGGGCGAUUCCGACUUUGCGCCCACCUUCACCAAUCUGCGCGGCCUCAACUCGCUCGCAAACAGCGACCCUGCCUGGGAGAGGCUGACGGUGCCAGACUCGACCGGCUUCUGCGGCGUCUGCUCCUCGUCGCUUGUCGCCGCAGACUUCGGCACCGGCGCGAGCGCCUUCACGAGCUGCGGCCACGCUGUCUACCACCGGAACGCGGCCGGCAACGUCUCCUUCGAGCCGCAGGACUCGCCGGUCGUCCGCUUCGACUCUGCGCCCGAAGACGAGCACGGGCUGCACUGCUGCGUCGUGAUCAAGCCGGGCAUCUACGCCGUCUUCCCGCCAAACACCCUCUUCCGACUCAAGCGCGUCGAGCCGCCCGGCUGGACGGCGCCUAACGGAGUCGUCGUCGAGCAGCCGCUCUACGUCGUCUCCGCGACCUACCGCCCCACGCGUCCGCUCGCCAGCCUCGGCGCGGACGGCGGCAAGCU